AUGGAUCUUCUCUUCAAUGAGCUUUGGUUAAUAGACUGGAGCAAAGCUGUUGAAUUUGCUAGAGAACAUGAAACUUCUGUAGUCGGAUACGGUCCUGAGGUAUUUAAAUCUGUGCAAAGGAGAUCUGAUGAAGAUCUUGUUGAAGCAGUUUCAGAAUUCACAUGUCUAUUAAAAGAUACUCAAUACGUUCUGACUGGUAUAGAGGCUCUCCGCGAAUCCCUAUACCUAUACCCGGAUUUCAAAUUCUCUGGUCUGGUGUUUAUACCGAAGAGAAAGGGGAGAGAUGUAGCAGAAGGGUUUGCGAGAUUGAGUGAUGUCAAAUCAUACGAAAGCAAAAAGGAGGGAUUCUCUAUUGACUAUCUCUCACUUGGCAAGGGAAAUCCAUGUGAAGUAAGAUUUGUUCUUGGCAAAAUCAUUCUGGACACCAUCACAGAAGGUAUCGUCAUCGAACCUCUAAACUCAGUCAAGAAGGAGCAGAGCACCAGUAAGCAAACUGUUCCAGCGGCUUGCUUGGAGAAGAAGGGUGAGUUGGUAGUUUCUAAAUCUUCCAAGGAGGAUGACAACAAUCAAGCUCCAGUCCAUGGGUCAAAUGCAUCAUCUGUUUUAAAGAUUUUGAAGAAGACGAGAGAAGACAGUGAGAACAAGAAUGACCAAGAGACCGAGGUAUGUCCAAGAAUCCUUACUGGUCCAGCAAAGAAUCAAGAUCAGUCUGUAGUUCAAAAGCUGAAAAGACGGCGAAGCAAAGAAGCACCAGUCUCUGAGCCGCCUAAGCAAAAGACUUCAAAGAGGUCGAGAUCAGAUGACCAAGAGGCAGUUGGAAGUCUCUCUGUUCCAGCAGAAAAUCAGCAUCAGAGUAAUAAGUAUGGCAAAAAUGCACCGAUCUGCGAGCCGCCUAAGCCAAAGACUUCAAAGAACCGUUCAAAGGAAACACAAAAAGUAAAACACAACGACUUGCCUGUGAAGGAGCUUCAAGAAGCAAACAGCAGCUUUGUUUCUGACAAAUCUAUGAGCGAUCUUCUAAAAGUUCUUGAGAAAUCAAGUCAGCACGCGUCUAGCAAAGAGGAGAGCGACUCCUUAUCAUCAGAGAAGACAAAGAGACCAAAAAGUCUCUCAAGUCUGUUCAGGUGA